AUGGAUCAUAUACAAGAAGAAGGUAUUCAAAAUUCAAGUGUUGAGAAACCGACUGAAAAAAUAGAUAAGAAAAAAACUCUUUUUCAACAAUUAUUUCCUAAAAAAGAAAAAAAAGAUAAAGAGGAGAUUAAAUCUGUAAGCCUUCGAAGUUUGUUUCGAUAUGCUACAUGGAUUGAUUUUAUUUUAAUAUUAAUAUCAUAUAUAGCUGCUAUUGCUAAUGGUGCUUCAUUUCCAUUAUUAAUGCUUUUAUUUGGAAAUGUUAUUAACACAUUUACUGAUCAUUCAUUUAACUUAUGUUCAUUAAAUUUAACAAAUAUAUCUCUUCAAUAUUGUCCAUCAGGUGUACAAUUAACAUCAACAAAUUUUUAUACAUCAUCAUCAUUAUGUAAUUUAACUGAUUUAAAUAUAACAAACUCAAUAAAUUUUAAAGAACAAAUUCAAAAACAAUCUUUAUAUAUGGUAGCCUUGGGUUGUUGUAUGCUUUUAAUUGGUUAUUUUCAAAUAUCAUUUUCAAGUAUAGCAGCCGAAAGACAAACACGAAUUAUUCGACAGAAAUUAUUUCGAUCAAUUGUUAAUAAAGAAAUAAUUUAUUUUGAUAUGAAUAAAACUGGUCAAUUAAGUAUAAGAUUAACAGAUGAUAUUAAUAAAAUUCAUGAUGGUAUUGGUGAUAAACCUGCAUUAGCAACACGAUAUAUUGCUUCAUUUAUUUCUGGUCUUGCUCUUAGUUUUUCUAUAGGAUGGAAAUUAACCUUAGUUAUUCUAUCGGUAUCACCAGUAGUAUUUAUUUCAACUGUAAUAAUGUCCAAGCUUACAGCGAGUUUAACAUCAAUGGAAUUAAAAGCUUAUGGUAAAGCAGGUGCUGUAGCUGAAGAAGUACUUAGUUCAAUUCGUAUUGUUUUAUCUUAUAAUGGACAAGAACGAGAAAAGAAAAGGUAUAAACAAUAUUUAAAUGAAGCAAAAGAACGUGGAAUAAGAAAAGGUGCAGCUAAUGGUUUGAGCUUAGGUGUUUUGUGGUUCAUUUUUUAUUGUUCAUAUGCAUUAGGUUAUUGGUAUGGAUCAAAAUUAAUUGAACAUGGAGAAUAUGAUAUUGGAAAAGUUAUGAUUAUAUUUAUGACAAUAUUAGUAUCUGUUAUUGAUUUGGGACAAGCUAGUCCACAUUUACAAGCAGUAGCUCAAGCUAGAACUGCUGCAUCAUUUGUAUGGAAUAUUAUUGAUGAACCAUCAACAAUUGAUAGUAAUUUAGAUGAAGGAAUUAAAAAAAGUGAUUUAAUUGGAAAUAUUAAAUUUUCAAAUGUUACAUUUUCUUAUCCAUCACGUUCUGAUAUUAAAAUAUUAAAAAAUAUUUCAUUUAAUGUAAAACAAGGUGAAACAAUUGCAUUAGUUGGUUCAUCUGGUUCAGGUAAAUCAACAUGUAUUCAAUUAUUACAAAGAUUUUAUGAUUUAAAUUCUGGAUCAAUAUUAAUUGAUGAUAAUGAAAUAAAUAAAUAUAAUUUAAAAUGGUUAAGACAAAAUCUUGGUGUUGUUAGUCAAGAACCAAUUUUAUUUCAAACAACAAUUCGUGAAAAUAUUUUAUUUGGCUUUGAUAAAGCAACCGAUGAAGAAAUUUAUCAAGCAGCUAAAAUGGCAAAUGUACAUGAAUUUAUUAUGAAUUUACCACAACAAUAUAAUACUUUAAUAGGUGAACGUGGUGCGACAUUGUCAGGUGGACAAAAGCAAAGAAUAGCAAUUGCUCGUGCAUUAAUUGGAGAUCCAAAAAUUUUACUUCUUGAUGAAGCUACUAGUGCACUUGAUAAUGAAAGUGAAACAAUAGUUCAAGAUGCUUUAGAUCGUGCAUCUCAAGGUCGAACAACAAUUGUAAUUGCACAUCGUUUAUCAACAAUUCGAAAUGCUGAUAAAAUAAUUGUUAUGCAAAAAGGUGAAAUAAUUGAAGAAGGAAAUCAUGAAUUAUUAAUGAAUAAUCAAUCAAUUUAUUAUAAUCUUAUUCAAAAACAAAAUUUACAUAAUACACAAGAUAAAACAAAUUCUGUUCCUGAAGAAGAAAAUAAACAAAGAAGAAUGAGUAAUUUAUCAUUACAAUCUCUUAAAAAUAAUCAAAAUAAAGAACCAGAAGAAAUAAAUGAAAAGAAAAAAGUAAGAAAAAAUGUUUCAUUACAAUUGUUAACAAUGAAUAAACCUGAAUGGAUAUUUAUUUUGUUUGGAUGUAUUGGAUGCAUUUGUAAUGGUGUUAUACAACCGACAAUGGGAAUUGUUCUGAGUAAAUUAACUGCAGUUUUUCAAGAAUGUGAUAAAGAUUCUCGAAAUCGAAAAAUUCUUCUUUAUAAUUUAAUAUUUAUUGGAUCUGGAAUCAUUUGUUUCAUCGCAACAUUUAUUCAAAGUUUCUUCUUUGGUUGUUCUGGUGAAGCAUUAACAAAACGUCUUCGUAUAAAAACAUUCGAAACAUUACUUCGUCAAGAUAUAUCAUAUUUUGAUGAUCCAAAUAACAAUACAGGUGCAUUAUGUACACAUUUAUCAACUGAAGCAUCGGCUGUUCAAGGUGCGACUGGAAUUAGACUUGGAAUUUUAUUACAAAGUUUUUGUUCACUUGCUGGUGGUCUUAUUAUUGGUUUUAUAUUUUCUUGGCAAUUAACAUUACUUAUUAUGGCUUUUAUUCCAUUAAUUAUGGCAGGAAGUUUUCUUGAAAGCCGAUUAAUGACUGGUUUUGCAAGUAAAGAUAAAAAAGCUUUAGAAAAUGCUGGAAAGGUGAUUGGUAUAAUGGCAAUAGAAAUGGCUGGCGGUGUAUAUUGUCCACUGUCACCUAAAGAUCCUCAACAUCGUUUAUAUGCACUCGUACAACAAACUCAAAGUCGUCUUGUUCUUCUUCAUUGGUUAACAAAAAUGAAAUUUGAUAAUUAUAUGCUUUUGAUUGAUAUUCAAUCAAUGUUAAUGAAUAAUGAUAUGGAGAAUCCAGUUAAUGUUGAUCAACUGUCAAGUAUUACAGUCACAUCUAGUGACAUUGCUUAUAUCAUUUUCACAAGUGGUUCAACUGGAAUACCAAAAGCGAUUCAAGCACGCCAUGAAAAUCUCAUUCAUUGCAUGAACUCAUUAGUGAAAAUCGACGUAUUGAACAAAGGUGAUAAUGUCGUUCAGAUCGCACGAUGUUCAUUUGACAUUCAUGUUCAAGAAAUAUUUGGAGCUUUGAUGCACGGAGCUACACUGGUUAUGCUUCAUCCAAGGGGAACAAUCGAUUUUGACUAUCUCUCCAAUAUCGUUCAAAUGAAACAAAUUACAUACAUACUCAUGGUUCCAAGUCUGCUUCGAAGCUUUUUCACACUUGCUGCACAGUCUGGCAAGACAGCCGCUUCAAAGUAUUUCCGAUCACUAUGUACUGGUGGCGAAUCAGUCACUGUGCAAUUAAGUACUCUAAUCGCAGAUAACAGUGUGUCAGAGUAUAAUGUAUGGAAUUAUUACGGUCCUGCGGAAAUAACAAUAACCUGUACACUUCAUUAUAUUGAUGUUAAAGCUAAUCCUAAAAGCAUUCCAAUUGGUAUAUCACUUCCUAACUAUCGAUGUUUGAUUUUAAAUGAAUUCUUACAAAGUACAUCUGUUAAUCAAGAAGGAGAAUUAUUUGUUGGAGGAGCCGGUGUAUUUUCUGGUUAUCUUGGUCGUGAUGAUUUAACUGCACAAGCUCUUGUUGAAAUAGAUGGUGAAAUAUUUUAUCGAACAGGUGAUCUUGUUACAAUUGAUAACAAUUGUCUUUUUCAUCAUCGAGGAAGAAAAGACCAUCAAAUCAAAUUACGUGGACAAAGAAUUGAACUUGGAGAAAUUGAACAAUGUUUACUCAACAUAUCGUCCAUCUCUGCUAGUGUUGUCAUAAAAUGGAAUGAUGAUUAUUUAGUUGCAUAUGUUCAAUCUUCUCAUGUGAAUGAAGAACAACUACAUCAACAUUGUCAAUCUCAUCUUCCACCACAUAUGAUUCCAUCAUUCUUUAUUAUUCUUGAUAAACUACCAUUGAAUCUAAAUGAUAAAAUAGAUCGAAAACGUCUUCCAUCACCAAGCUUCUCAUCAAUACAUCUCACAAACAGCAUAGAACUAUUACUACCAACAAAUGAUAUUGAAGCUCGUAUUCAUCGUAUUUGGUGUGAGAUAUUCAAACUAAAUAAGAUCUCAGUUGAUACAAAUAUAUUUACUAUUGGUGGCCAUUCAUUACUUAUCAUGCAACUAUUCAAUCGAUACAAGAUCGAAUUUCAUUUAGAACAAAUACAAAAUACUCUCUCGAUAUCUAGUCUCUUUCAACAUCCAACAAUUAUUCAUCAUGCUCAACUCAUUCAACAAUCUAUCGAUACCAUCCACACUCUCGAUGACUAUCCUUGGUGUUCAUUACAUCUCACUCAAGCUAGAGCAUCAUUUGCACAAGAACGAAUCUAUUUACAUGAACAAAUUUGUUUUUCAUCAGAAAUAACAAUGAAUAAUAUGUAUGCUGUUCCAUUCCUUUAUCGAAUAUCAUCUAUGAAUGAUCAUAUAUCAAUCACUCGAUUAUACCAUGCAUUCCAAAGUUUUAUCACAAAACAUAGUAGUCUUCGAACAGCACUCUAUCUUGAUACAAAUGGUCGUAUCAUACAACACUGUUUAGAUACAAAUAUCAUUUUCAACCAUGAUAUGAAAUCAUAUGGAUUGACAAUUAUUAAUAUUCACAAUGAUGAUCAUCUUCAUAUGAAUGAAAUUAUUGAUGAAAUAUUAAAUCAAUCUGAUUUAUUUGAUUUAUCAAAAGGUCAUGUUGUUAAUUGUCAUAUUCUUCGUCAUCAGCAAUCAAACCUUUCAUUUACUCAGAAUAGUGAUCUAUUGACUAAAGAUGAUUUCAUAUUAUUUACCAUUCAUCAUGCAAUGUUUGAUGGAGCAUCAACAUCAAUUUUCCUUCGUGAUCUUUCUCUUGCUUAUCAAUCUGAGAAGUCUUUACCUAUGGAUGAUAACUCAUUGGAAUAUAUAGAUUAUUCUGUUCAUGAACAUAUUAUAGAUAUGUCAUUAUCUCGUGAGUUCUGGCAUUCUCAACUUGAAAGAUACAAUAGCGAAUGUUCAUUAUCAUUACCAGUUGAUCGACAACGUUCAUCAACAAAUCAACAACGAUCAGGUUUAGCAUCUAUAGCUGAAAUCAUUUUUGAUAAUGAAUUAUGCACAUCAUUUCUAAACUAUGCAUCAUCACAUCAUCUCACAUAUUUUCAACUUGGAAUAUCCAUAUUUUAUGUCUUUCUAUUCAAAUUAACUCAUGGUGAGACUGAUCUCUGUAUUAGUUCUAUUAAUGCUAAUCGAUAUCGAAGUGAAUUAGUGAAUAUGAUAGGAAUGUUUGUAUCAACAUUACCAUGCCGUGUUGAAAUUGAUUCUCAUUGGUCAUUUGAUGAAGUAGUUAAAUAUGUACAAGAAAAAUGCUUAUCAAUUCUUCAGCAUUCUCAUUAUCCAUUACAACAUAUUCUUAGUGAUUUACAUCUCACUCAAUCAAAUGUAUCAUUUCUUGAAACAAUGUUUGAUUUCGUCACUAUAUCAAAUGAAGGUAUUGAUUUAUCUUUGAAUGGAGUUAAUCUAGAACAAGUAUCGUUAAAUGAGAUUUAUGAAAUGGCUAAAUUUGACUUCUUAUUAAGAUUUGAAUAUAAUCCAUUAUCAGAUAAUAAGAGAUUAUCAUGUCGUUUUGUUUGUUCACGGGAUCUAUUUGAAAAAUCAACUAUUUCAAAAAUAGCUCAAAGAUUUCAAUAUAUGCUUGAACAAGUGUUUCAAACACAAUCAAGCAACAUUCCUAUGAAUCAUAUGAAUUCAUCAAUUAACAAAGUUUGCUUUAUUCUUCCUGAAGAAGCUGAAGAAAUGGAAUUAGUUGUGUUUCAUCGAUUGGAGACUAUUGUAAAUGAAGCACCAGCAUCAUUUGCACAAGCUCGCAUUUGGCAUGACGAAAGGAUUCGAUUCGAUCCUGAUAAACGUCAAGUAGCAAUCUAUAAUAUGCCUUUUGUUUAUCGUCUGCAACCAGACCAUACACUAUCGAUUAAACAACUUCGUCAUGCUCUUCAUCUUACUCUUAACAAACAUCCUGCACUUCAUACAUCACUUCAUUUUGAUAUCAAAAAGAAUCUACUUAUGCAACGAGUUAUUACUCAUGAAGAUAAAAAUAAUAACAAUAAUAUAUUUUCAAUCAUCGAAUCUACUUAUGAAACAGAUGAACAACUCAAUGAGAUUUUGCACGAUGAGAAACGAAAUCCUCAUCUUUUUGAUCUUGCUCAAGGUCUUGUGUUUCGGUGUCAUCUUGUUUAUUAUAAACAAAUCUCUUCGAAUCAUCUUCUUUCUGACAGAGAUCUACUUAUUUUCAACUUUCAUCAUGCUUUAUUUGAUUUUCCAUCAAUGAGAGUGUUUCAUCGUGAUCUCAAUCAAGCAUAUACAACAGGUCAAUUAUUAUAUGAUGACAACACUACUCUGCGUUAUAUCGAUUAUGCUGUUAUUGAACAACAAAUGUCAAUGGCUGGUGCAAGUAUGUUUUGGCUUGAUACACUUCAUGAUUGUAAACUCGAUCAAUCUUUACCAUUACCGUUUGAUCGAUAUCGUCUCUCAAAUGAACAUCGAACUGAUCGUGGAACAUCUAUUUCUUUUGAUUUUGGUCAAGAUCUUUCACAUGACUUUCUUAUUUAUGCAUCAUCAAAUAAUAUAUCACUUGAACAACUUGCACUUGCCACUUAUUAUGUGUUUUUAUUCAAGUUAACGAAUGGAGAAAAAGAUUUAUGCAUUGGAAUAAAUACACAUGGUCGAUAUAGAGAUGAACUUAAGUCUAUCAUUGGAAUGUUUGUGAAUGCUAUACCUUUACGAUGUCGACUCGAUCCUCAAGUAUCAUUUCAUAAACUUACUAAACACGUUCGCGAUAUUAUGAUAAACUGUAUUAAAUAUUCAUAUUUUCCUCUUCAACGUAUUCUCAAUCAACAUCCAAAUAUAUCAAAUCCUGUAUUUCUUGAUACAUCAUUUGAGUUUCUAUCAUCUAUGAGAAGAGAUGAGGAGACUGAAAUAAUAAUUGGCGAUAGGCGAUUUUCUUUACUACCUUAUUCAAUUAAGAUUAGCGAAGAUGAAGUAAUGAGUAAAUUUGAUUUCAUUCUUAGUUUUCAACAUGAUCCAAAUCUAAAUGAAUUCUCAUGUACAAUCGGUGCAUCACGUGGUUUAUUUAAUACUGAAACAAUUUGUAUAAUUGCGCAAAGAUUGCAGACAAUGUUACAUCAACAAUUCACAUCUUUCGACUGUGUAACAAACAAAUCUAUAUAUGAAUUAUCAUUAACAUUAUCAAAUGAACAAUAUCUAAUGCAAUCAUUGAAUCACACACAAAUAUCAUUUUCAUCUCCUCUCACUUGUAUUCAUCAUGAAUUUGUAUAUCAAGUAAUGAAACAUCCACAAAAACUAGCUGUUGAACUAGAUGAACAGUCAUUGACAUAUUGUGAACUUUUAUAUUAUGUUCAAGUAUUAUCUUUAACACUUAUUAGUGAAUAUCAUGUCAUUCCAGGUGAGGUCGUGUGUCAGUGUGUUGAGCGAAGUUUGUCAAUGGUGAUUGGUAUUAUGGCAAUCGAAAUGGCUGGUGGUGUUUAUUGUCCAUUAUCACCUCGAGAUCCACAACAUCGUUUGUAUGCACUAGUAGAGCAAACUAAAAGUCGUCUUGUAUUUGUUCAUUGUUUAACUAAGAUCAAGUUUUAUCAUGAUAUUAUUUCACUUAAUAUUGAUUUAGUAUUAAUUAUUAAUGAUCUGAAUACUGACAUGAAUGGCAAUUGUCUUUCAAAUGUGGUGAUGAAAGGCGACGAGAUAGCCUACAUUAUUUUCACUAGUGGUUCAACUGGAACACCCAAAGCGGUUCAAGUUCGACAUAAGAACUUUAUUGAUUGUAUACACUCUUUGGCUUAUAUAAACUCAUUGAAUAAAGAUGAUACAGUUGUACAAAUGACACGAUGUUCAUUUGAUAUUCAUGUUCAAGAAAUACUUGGUUCAUUAUUAAUGGGAAGCACAUUGAUUUUGCUUCAUCCAGGUGGAACGACUGAUUUCGAUUAUUUGUUCGAAGUCUUAAACAACAGGCAAAUCACAUAUCUACAUACUGUACCAAGUUUACUACACAGUUUUUUCAUUUUUAUUGAGCAGAACAAGAAAACAAAUGCUGUAAAAUAUCUUCGAUCACUUUGUAGUAUCGGUGAAGCUUUUGCUGUUCCUCUGAUUGAAUUGAUUGUGAAAAUAGGUAUAACGAACUAUAUUGUGUGGAAUUUAUACGGUCCAGCUGAAACAACUAUAGUUUCUACGUUCCAUAGAGUAGAUCUCAUACCUGAUGCACGAGCCGUUUCAAUUGGUACACCACUUUUCAAUUAUCGAUGUACGAUUAUGAAUGAAUAUUCACAACAAACAAUCACUAAUCAAGAAGGCGAAUUGUUAAUAGGAGGUGUCGGCAUCUUUGCUGGUUAUCUUGAUCGCGAUGAUUUAACUGCAAAAGCUCUUCUUGAAAUAGAUGGUGAAAUAUUUUAUCGAACAGGUGAUCUGGUUAGAAUGGAUAGUAAUGGUCUUCUUCAUUACCAAGGAAGAAAAGAUCACCAGAUCAAACUACAUGGACAACGAAUUGAACUUGGUGAAAUCGAACGAUGUUUACUUACCAUUACAUCUAUAUCUACUUGUGUUGUCAUGAAAUGGAAUGAUGAUUAUUUAGUUGCAUAUGUUCAAUCAUCUCAUAUGAGUGAAGAACAACUACGUCAAUAUUGUCAAUUUCAUCUACCACCACAUAUGAUUCCAUCCAUAUUCAUCAUACUUGAUAAAUUUCCUUUGAAUCCAAAUGGAAAAGUAGAUCGAAAACAACUUCCUUCACCCGACUUUUCUUUAUCAACUUUGUUAUCGUCCGAUAAAUCUGAUACUCCUCUUAAUCAGUUCGAAGAACGUAUACACACUAUUUGGUGUCAAGUUCUUCAUUGUAAUGAAAAUCACAUUUCUGGAACUGCCAGUUUUUUUAGUGUUGGUGGUCAUUCACUUCGCUUCCUCGAACUCUAUUAUCGUUACCAGUCAUUAUUCAAUUUCGAUGCUCAUUCACUCUCGAUUGGUCUCUUUCUUCAGCAACCAACUAUUCGACAACAUGCACAAUUACUUCAAACACUUCCAUCGAAUGAUACGCAGACGAUACGAUGGCACACACUACAUAUCAAUCAAGGUAAAACAUGUUUGAAUUAA